AUGAACGAUUUUUUUCACAAAAUAAUUGGAAUUGAACAAAAACCUGUACAGAAAUGGGGAAAUUCUUUCGAGAUUUAUGAAAUUGAAAAGAUUACGGCACCCAAGAGGUUGAGGUCAAAAGGGGUAGUGGUGGGUGGAACAAUUCGUGUCCCGAGGGAGUUCAUUACUUUCUUUCUAAUUCUUUCUUACAUGGCCCACGUGUGUUCUUCCUGCGCUCUUACUUUUUGCUUGGGGUUCUUUCUAUCUUUUUCUUUUGGCUUCCUUUUGCGUUCAUCGUCUCCUUCUGUUUCUGCCAGGCGUUUGGAUGGCCUCUCUGUUCUUCUGGAAACUCGCUUCCUGUUCCUGCUGCUUCCCCUAAUUGCACCCUAUAGGUAUCAUUUGAUUGUUUCUAAUGCUAUCUAUCUUCCAAACUCCAUUUUCCUCGAUGUUGCGUCUUCCACAGAUCCUCCAAUUUCUUUCGACGACAACAACUCAGUCCGUCCAACUCAUUCGGCAUAUGAGUUCGAGUCAGGUGGGGAAGCAACGCAUCAGGUUAAAUCGGUUGUGCCCCCAAAGAUUUCAUGA